AUGGCAAUCAACUCGGUUAUACUCCAGCACAGAAGAAAACCUAUUUCUUAUCUGGAUUUGGCAGAACUUGAAUUAUGUCAUAGAAUAUUACAACAGACACCAUCUCAACCUCACCAUGCACCUAUUGCUCCUGCUAUUCUAGAUAUUAUAUCUCAACAACUGGCAUUCCCCAUGGCUGAUAUGCAAAAAAUGAUUCAAAAUACAUUUGCAAAACAACAUAAUUCUGAUCAUAUAACGAAAUUAGAAGGAGGACAUAAGGAUGUACCAAUAUCUAUAAAAUAUAAAAAUAAAUGGAUUACUGAAACAGGACAUGUUGUUGUUAUUGAUAUUGGAAAACCUGAUUACCUUCUUUGUUUAGAAACGCCAUGGAUUCGAAAA